AUGAGUAAAUUACUUGAAAAUGUGCUCAUAGCAAAUAUUUAUUUACAACCUGUGCAACUGUCUCUUUCUAUUGUUACAAAUAUUUUAAAUAUACGUAUAUUAUGUUCUCGUAAUCUUCGUAAAUCACCAUGUACACAUUAUUUUCUUGCUUAUGCUAUCUUAAGUAUUAUUUAUACUUGUUUAGCAUGUUUAACACAGUUUUUACGUGGUUUUUACAUCGAUUGGGCAAAUGGAAAAAUUGGCUGUAAAAUACAUUUUUACGUUUUAUUUUUAAUUCCAUUUCAAGCAAAUUUAAUGCUUAUCUUAGCGUCAUUUGAUCGUUAUUGUUCAAGUUCAAAAUCACGUCGAAUACAUUCACGAGGUACAAUACGAACAGCAAGAAUAUAUAUUGUCCUAGGUACUUUAUUAUCUGCAAUCUAUAUGUCACCAAUGUUAACUAUUUAUAAUUGGAUUGAAAUCUAUCAUAAAUGUAUACCACAGAUAAAUAUUAUAAGUAAUAUUUAUACAUUUAGUCAAGUAUUUCUUUAUUAUUUAAUGGCUCCCUUAUUAAUGAUUAUAUUUGGGUUUUUGACAAUAUCAAAUAUAGGUAGACAAUCAGCUCGUGCAAAACUUUUAACAGUAUCUAUACGACGACGUCGUACUGAAAGACAAUUAUCUCGAAUGUUAUUAUUUCAAAUUAUUGUUCAUGUUAUUCUUAUUCUUCCAUUUGGUAUCAUCUACUAUAUAAACAUCUUAAAACCAUCUACACGAACACCAAAUGUAUUAGCCAUACGAUAUAUAUCGGUAAUGUGGCAACAAUGUGAUUAUUUUGUUUCCUUUUUUCUUUACGUUUUCUCUGGAAGAGUCUAUCGUCAAGAACUUAGCAACUUAAUAAGAUCAAAUGGUUUUAAAUCUAGACGACGUCAACUGCGGAAUGACAUACAACAAUUUACUCUCAUUCCAACCAGUAUGUUGCCAGCAAUUAGAGCAAAAGAUGUAUUUAUUUGA